UCACCUUGUCUGCUGCUGCAGCAAACCAGCAGCACAUACCUGCAUUUAGGACACCGGAACAUUCUCUGUCUCUUCACUUCUCUCUGUACCUCUCUCAAUCUGUGUCUCUAUAAACUUUUUUAUGUGUCUAGAUUAAGGUGUCACUGUUAAAAUAGCAGAUAUGCCUGUCAUAGUGUUUUAUUCCAGCGUGAGCGGCUCCGUGGAGAUGAGGAAAAAUCAGGAUAGAAUCUUCUCUAUCCUGAGCUCCAAGAAGAUCCCUUUUAAAGCUGUGGACAUUUCUCAGAAUUCUGAUGACAAGGAUUUAAUGAGGAAGAGGGCAGGGAACCCGACCGCAUUGCCACCUCAAAUAUGCAACGGGGAUGUCUACUGUGGAGACAUGGCAGCGUUUAAUGAUGCAAUUGAAAUGGAACAAUUAGAGAAGUUUCUCAAGCUCUAAAAGGAAUGGUGACCAGCGAUGGGACACUCGACCACAUCACAGAGUUCACUGCAAUAUCCACGUAUAUGGUUAACCAAGCAAAAACUAAAUCUAUAAAGGCAUAUAUAUAUAUAUAUAUAUAUCUAUAAAGGCAUAUAUAUAUAUAUAUAUUUGAUUUGAUGAUAACAGAUGCUUUAUUUGCAUUUUAUAACUAAAGGUAAAAGCUAAAGGAAAUGUAAAUUUUGCUCACAAUGAGGUGUAAGUGCUUUUUCUUCCAGGGAAGGCAAGGAAAUCAGGGAAAAGCCUGUACAAAUUUUUGGAGUUGCACGACUGAAAAAAUCUGUAGAAUUAAAAUAAAAAAAAUUCUUAAAAA